ACAACUCAUAUCCAAUCAAUGAGCUAACUUCCCAUACGGUAUUUUUUUCCUGCGUUCUCAAGUAGUACUCUUGAGAGAUAGGACUGAGAUUCUGAUUUUCACGGGCUAUAAAGGAUGCUGCUGGCAAUAACAUCACAUAGUCAACCGAUUUUUAUAUGUAUGAUAAAUGUGACCCUAUCCUCUUUCCCUUCCGAAACAUAAACCUCUGGUAGAAGGCUGUUUCAAGUAUUGUCGGGGUCCGGUCAUUUUAGUGCAGCACAAGAAACUGGAGUCCCGGAGACUAUUACAGACAAGAUAGAACAAUUUUCUACAAUCGGACUAGUCUGUUUACCUUAUACUCCGAUGUCUGUCAAACUGCUAUAUGUUUAUGACUUGCAGAUAGGAUAGAGAAGCCGGCACACGUCCGCCAUAUUGCUUUCUCUUCGAGGUCUGGGACGAUUUUGAUUUUCACCACAGGCAAGGACCUCCUAGAAUGUAAGCGGAAUGCUUUGGCUUUGAGGAAAGGGUUCAUCGAGGUAAUGGCCGAGUUAUGGGAGGCAAAAGGCUACACACAUCUUGCUAUCAAAAACCAGAACUUAAGGGAUCAUCGAAGUCUAAGGAUCACCAAGAAUGCCUUGGAAAAAGGCUAGCCCUUUGGAAAAACGGGAACAUUGAGGAGCUUAUUCGAGAGUGCAGGCUUCUUGUGCAGUUCCACCGAAAAAAGGAUGCUCCCCAGAACACAGCAAAAGUGUUUGCGAAGCUCGUUAUGGAAGGGAAAAUAAACUCCGCCUUGCGUUAUCUCAAUGAAAGUGAUUGCGGAGGACUCUUAUCCUUGACGGACGACGUAAUGAGGCAGCUACAGGAGAAACAUCCUAAUGCACAACUUGCUAAGUUGGGAUCCCUGUUGUUUGGCCCAGCAGAAGAUGUACACGAGUCAAUCUAUAGUGAGAUCACGGGGGGAAUGAUAAGAGAGGCAGCAUUGAGAACUAAGGGCGCUGGAGGACCAUCUAAUGUAGACGUGCACGGUUUUCAAAGAAUCCUUGCCAGCAAAUCAUUCAAGAAAUCAAGCUCGGACCUGUGCGACGCACUCACCUUGCUUACCCGUCAUUUAAGCACAGAGUACACCGAUCCUAUGACUAUCGAACCGAUACUAGCGAGUCGCCUUAUCCCACUAGAUAAAGGCAAAAGUGAGGUCCGACCAAUAGGUGUAGGGGAAGUGUUGAGAAGAAUCAUUGGCAAGUGCGUAAGGAAGGUGCUCAAGCAAGACAUAGUGGAGCCGAGUGGCUUGCUUCAGGUGUGCGCCGGGCAAAAAUCGGGGAGUGAGGCUGCGGUCCAUGCAGUAUAUAAUCUAUUCCAACAUGAACAGACAGAUGCUGUGAUGUUAGUAGAUGCUUCAAAUGACUUUAACUCGGUCAACCGAGCUGCCGCCCUUCAUAAUAUUCGGGUCCUGUGCCCAACGCUGGCCCCUUUUGUAAUUAACACCUACCGCCUACCAGCACGGCUGUUUGUAGCGGGAGGCAAGGAGCUUGUAUCAGCUGAGGGCACAACUCAAGGUGAUCCGCUCGCAAUGAGCAUGUAUGCCCUCGGCUUACAACCACUCAUAUCUCGCCUACAAGCAGCAACUUAAGUCAACCAAUGCUGGUUCACAGAUGAUGCGGCAGGAUGUGGGUCACUGGAUGACGUCAGCCAGUGGUGGGAUACCCUUCAAAGUUUGGGACCAGAUUUAGGAUAUUUUCCUAAUGCUGUGAAUUGUUGGCUCGUAACUAAGACCGAGAAAGAGGAAUCUGCAAGGAAAAUCUUCAAAGGAACUGGAAUCAAUAUCACUACGGAAGGUCGCAAGCAUCUCGGUUCCAGGCCCCAUCUUGAACAGUACGUGGAUAGCAAAGUCGAUGAGUGGGUGGGGCAGGUGACAAAACUCGCUGAAUUUGCAGUUUCGCAACCUCAAGCCUCCUAUGCAGCGUAUACGUUUGGCUUGAAGCACCGUUGGACGUAUUUUUUAAGAACUCUGCCGGAUAUAGAGGAUCCAUUGUUGCCUCUAGAACGUGCCAUAUCAGACACCUUGAUACCCUCUCUAACAGGGCGCACGUGUACCCAGGCAGAAUGUGAUCUCCUUGCUUUGCCAGUGAGGUUUGGGGGCCUGGGUAUAACAAAUCCCGCUGAUGAGGCUCUCUCGAAUUUACAGCUUCAAUGAAGGUCUGUGGUCCGCUUGCAGAACAAAUAAAACAGCAAACGCAUGAGCUGCCGUGUGACGAUGCUUACAAGAAGCACAGCAAAAGGGGCGCAGAGAGAAGAACGAGUACCUGAAGUCUAGAUGCGCGGAGGUGAAAAGCUCUCUACCUGUUAAUUUGCUAAGAGCAGUGGACCUUGCUACUCAGAAAGGGGCUUCAAGCUGGCUUACCAUUCUGCCAUUAAGAGAGAUGAGCUUUGAUCUCAACAAACGAGAAUUCAGAGACGCUCUAGGAUUGAGAUACGACUGGAAGAUCCCCGAGACACCAUCUGCGUUUGCGGGGACACAUUCGACGCAGAUCGCGCAAUGAUUUGCAAGAGAGGCGGGUUUGUAAUCCAACGCCACAACGAGCUGAGGGAUUUGGAGGCGGAAUUGCCGAGUCUGGUGUGUAAAGAUGUGCAAAUGGAGCCUGUUCUACAGGACAUCACGAAAGAGCUUAACAGGGGAGCUAACACCGCUCGAGACGCACGACUGGACAUUGUAGCAAGAGAUUUCUGGGAGAGGCAGAGGCAGGCAUUUUUUGAUGUACGAGUUUGCCAUGCUAAUGCUGAAUCCUAUAGAGACAUGAACAUUGACCAGAUAUUUAGGCAACAUGAAACAGAAAAGAAGCUUCAGUACGCUACUAGAGUGUUAGAAGUAGAGCAGGCCACUUUCACAACAUUUGUGUUUGGCUCGACAGGGGGAAUGGCAAGCGAAUGCAAACAGUUUCACUCCAGGCUAGGGGAGCUAAUUGCCGAGAAGAAGGGAAAAUUAUACUCAACAACUGUGUCCUGGAUCCGUGCAAAAGUUUCGUUAGCCUUUUUAAGAUCUGCCCUUCUGUGUCUACGUGGUUCAAGGAGCCCAAGGCAAGCACAUGUAAAUAUAUAUGACAAUGACUUUGAAAUUCAGAAACAGAGAGCAAAUAUUUUUUAAAUGUA